AGGGAAAGAACAAAUGAAUGAUGACAUUCAAACCCCCUUCCUUCUUGCACGGAAUUAGCAGUUGACUUGCCCACAACCUCCUCUCUUCUUUGUAUAUUUAAUUUAUUAUAUAUACACCCACUUGCCUUCUUUUGUUUUUACAUCUCUCUUUCUUUCCCCAAACUAAAUCCUCAUCAUCUUAUAUAAUAUAUAUACAACAACUAUAAGUUAUCAAACAUCUUCUCAGCCUGUCUAUCUGUCUGUGUGAUUGAGAGAGAGAGAGAGAGAGAGAGAGAGAGAGAGAGAGAGAGAAGUGAGAAUGAGUAACAUAAGCUUGGUGGAGGCAAAGUUGCCACCAGGGUUUCGUUUCCAUCCAAGAGAUGAAGAACUUGUUUGUGAUUAUUUAUUGAACAAGAUUACCGAUUCUGACUCUACUCUCAUGAUUGAAGUUGACCUCAAUAAGUGUGAACCUUGGGAUAUUCCUGUUACAGGUCCAGUUGUAUUUCCACAUAAAACUCAAAAAACUGCUUGUGUGGGAGGCAAAGAAUGGUACUUUUACAGCCAAAGGGACCGUAAAUAUGCAACAGGAUUAAGAACAAACAGAGCAACAGCAUCAGGGUAUUGGAAAGCAACAGGAAAAGACAGACCAGUCCAUCUAAAAGGCACUCUUGUUGGGAUGAGAAAAACUUUGGUGUUCUACCAAGGAAGAGCUCCAAAGGGCAAGAAAACCGAUUGGGUUAUGCAUGAAUUCAGACUUGAAGCUCCUCUUGCUACUCCUAAACUAAUUUCUUCUGACAAGGAGGAUUGGGUUUUGUGUAGGGUGUUCUAUAAGAGCAGAGAAAUUGGUCCUAAACCUAGCUUGGGAAGCUGCUAUGGUGAAACAACAGGGUCAAAAUGUCUCCCUCCAUUGAUGGAUUCUUACAUAAGUUUCGAUCACAGCCGGGCGGCUCAUCAGAACUAUAUAGAUUAUCAUGAUCAGUAUGAGCAAGUGCCCUGCUUCUCCAAUAUUUUCCCUUACAAUAAUAACCAAAUCAUCAAUGACCCAAUUCUCAAAAACCUCCAAGCUCAUAUUGAUUAUUCAAACAUACCCAAUAAAUUAGCUGGAACCACAUUGAGUAGUAGUACCAAUACUACUGGGAUUAUACCAAAUAAUGACGGUGACAAUGAGGUUUUAAAAGCUGUUUUAAGCCAUUUUACGAAGAUGGAAAGCAAUAUUGGCCAGAGUUUGAAAGGGUCACCAAGCUUAGGAGAAGGAAGUUCAGAGAGCUAUUUAUCUGAAGUGGGCAUGUCCAAUAUUUGGAGCCACUAUUGAUAUGUGUACGUAUAUAUAUAUAUAUACAUAUUAUAUUACACUAUAUUUCGAUUAUAACUUAGAAUUUGGUGUAAUUUCAAUAUUUUUCUACAUCUUCUCCCAACCACAAUAGAGAAGAUAUGGAACAAAUAAUCUCCCACAUAAUUAUAUUUAGUGAUAUAUGUAGGAAUUUCCCAAUCUGUAUAAGUUACAAUUGAUUGUACUUUUUAAUAUUAAUCAAUAGUAACAUAGUGUAAAGUUUCCA